AUGAUAUUCAUUUACAUUUUAAUUGUUUUUUAUAUCGCUUCAACAUGUUCUAUUCCAUGUAAGCCGGGACAAUAUUUUUCGGCAAGUAAAUGUCGUCGAUGUUUAAUUGGCUUUUAUUGUCCUGAUGGAGUCCAACAAUUCCCUUGUGAACCUGGCUAUUUUACCAAUUCAUAUGAACAAUCCAAAUGUCGUCAAUGUUUACCAGGUUAUUUUAAUAUUAAACCAGCGUCUAUAAAUUGCUCACGUGCACAAGUUGGUUAUUAUGCACCACUCAAUAAUAAUAAUUCUCAACCGUGUCCCAAAGGCACAUAUACAAAUAAACCAGCACAAAAUAAAUGUAGAAUUUGUCGAUCUGGUACAUAUACAAUACAACCUGGAGCACAAGUGUGCAUUCGAUGUCCAUUAGGUCAUUUUUGUCCUGAUUCGACUAAACAACCUCAACCAUGCUUAGCAGGUACUUAUGGUCCUCUUUAUGAACAGAUAAAAUGUCGAACUUGUCCACAAGGUUAUUACACGGUUCAACCUAGAUCUACUUAUUGCACAAAAUGUCCAAUCGGUUAUACAUGUGCUGAUCCUUCAAUACAUCCUAAACCCUGCCCUAUUGGUUUCUACAAUGCAUUGUACGCUCAAACUACAUGUCGACAAUGUAAAGUUGGAUGGGCAACUAAUGCUCCUGGUCAAAUGAUGUGCACAAACAUAACACCUGAAAUUGGUUAA